CUGGUAAGUUGUAUAAAGUUUAUGUACUUCUAGUUUGUUUUUUGAGUUGAAAUUUGAUGAUUUAUGAGUUUUUAUGAUUGGGUUUUUGUUUCUUAUAGCUUAUGCUAUUCAAUGAUAAAUUUUGUUCGAUGAAGUUUGUGUCUUUUAGUUAGUUUUUGAGCUUACAUUGAUUCUUUCUGGCUUUUCGUGAAUUGGGUUUCUGUUUCUUGGUAGAAUAAGCAUAUAAACAUUGAGGACUUGUUUCAUUUUGUACUGGAAAUAUUCUUAUAUAGCUCAAUGGUAAAAAAUUUUUCAUAAAGUUUGUGUCUUUCAGUUAGUUUUUGAGCUUCCACUGAUGGUUUUGGAUUUUUUUGAAUUUUUAUGGACUGUAGGUUGGUUUCUUAAUAGUUGGCAUUUGUAAAUUGAGGGAUUGUGUGAUAUUGUACUAAAAAAUCAUUGAAUAUGGACUACAGCUUAUGCUAUGCAAUGGUAAAUCUUGUUUCAUGAAGUUUGUGUGUUUUAGUUGGUUUUUGAGCUUCCAUUGAUGGUUUUGGAUUUUCUAUAUUGGGUUUCUGUUUCUCAGUUGUUGGCAUUUGAAAUUGGAAGUUGUGGUAUUCCUAGUUGAAAAUUCUUUGUACGUCACUUGAUCAGUUGGUGCUUCAAACAUGUUAGACUAUUGAUUCCUCUAUAUGCUUACAAGCUAAUAUAGCCUCAAUUUGGGUUAUGCGUUCGGGUUCUUUUGCCUUUCAGUAGAUAAACGUUUGGUUUGUUCAGCGAUAGUUCUAGCUCAUCGACAAGAAGGAUAAGUGCAAAAUGGUGAGGGAGCCAGUAAAUAUAGUGGUGUCUAAAAGUCCAGAUGUUGAGUGAAGUGUGCAUUAACCAGCUAUCCCUUGAGAGUGUUAGCUUGCCGCUAACAGCAAAGAUGAUUGAUGCUUUCUUGCUCGUCUGAACUGCAUUGUCUUCUUAAUUUUGGGCUCAGAGCACGGGCCAACAGCAAAGUAUACAUAACUGAGUGUGUUUAUUUUCAAGUGAAUAUCAAUCUGCAGCCUCUCGCAAGAUCUGAAAAGCCACAGUCGAACAGCACAGAAACACAUACAGUUGUUGAUGGCAAUGAUCGCCAGGAGAAGCAAGAGCUCUGUACAUCUCUUGCAUGAAGUCCUCUUUUCCGACCACCCUCUUCCCUGCUCAUACACCCAGCAGCAGACCUAUGUAGAUGUGUACAUGAAAUGGAAGAAAGACUCUUUUUUUGACUCCAUCGAUACUAUUCACAGAUCAGUUCAACUCAAGCCCUUAAUUGCUCUUAAGAACUGCAUAGUCUCCUCUUCACCUAAUGAUUAUUGCAUCCCCAUUUCUGUUAUUUCGAAAAAAGGCUUAGAGUUAGGGAUACCCAUUAAGGUUGCCAGGUUCUUAAGGCUGUAUCCAUCUGUUUUUGAGGAAUUUACUGGCCCUAACUACAAUUUGCCUUGGUUUAAGUUGACCCAGAGGGCUAUUGAGCUUGAUAGAGAGGAGAGAGAGGUCUACUUAAAAUUUAAGGAUGAUAUCAUUUUGAGGCUGAAGAAGUUGAUACUGAUGAGUGGCAGGGAACAGAAGCUUCCUCUAAAGAUAAUUCAGGGUCUGCAAUGGUAUUUGGGGUUACCUGACGAAUUCUUAAGGAGACCGCAAGACAAUCUUGAUGGGUGUUUCAGAGUUGUUGAAAUGGAAGAUGGAUUGAAAGGGCUUGCUGUUGAUGUUCAUGGAAGUGAAAGGUUUUUAUCAGUGAUGCAGACGAAUGCGAUGAGGAGGGGAACGUAUAGUGGUGUGGAGGGUGAGGCAAUAGAAUUUCCACUGUAUCCAUCAAAGGGAUUGAGGCUUAAAAGAAAGAUUGCAGAUUGGUUUGAUGAGUUUCAGAAGUUUCCAUAUGUUUCACCCUACGAGGAUUAUUCAGGUUUGGAUCCAAAUAGUGACAUAGCAGAAAAACGAGUGGUGGGUGUGCUUCAUGAAUUGCUUAGUUUGUUUGUCGAGCAUGCUGCAGAAAGGAAGAAGCUUUUGUGUCUUAGGAAAUACUUGGGGUUGCCGCAGAAAGUUCACAAGGCAUUCGAGAGGUAUCCUCAUAUCUUCAAUUUGUCAUUGAUGAACAAGACUUGCACCGCAAUACUAAAAGAAGCUUACUGUGAUAGAGGGGCUAUCGAGGAACAUCCAUUAGCAAAAGUUAGAAAAAGGUACAUCAAAUUGAUGAAGGAGUCGGAGGGUAUACUGAGACGUAGAAGGUUUAACAACAAGCCAAUUGAUCAGGGUGACUCGAAUAUCAAGGACUUGGAUUGUACAGAUGACGAGGAUAAGAAAUUUACAACUUAGCUCUGCUCUUUAUGCUUGUGCCACUAUAAUCAGGUGCAGGAUUUAAAAGAAAUUAUAACCGAGAAGCAAAAGAAAAUUGAAAGAACUGUUCAAGCAGGAUUUGUAAGCAUUUGGAAUGAAAUGUAAAGACUGUUUUGAUCUGUAUAGCUUCAGAGGUGGAUGUUUCUCUCAUUUAUGCUGCAGUUCUUUCACUCAUUAAGGGCGAUUUCAGUAUGAAAGGGAUGGCCACAGUCAUGCGACGGAAUUGUCAUACUAUUAUGUAUUACCAAUGGAGCCUCGAUGUCUUGAUCAACGGAACCUCCUGUGACUUUUUGGUGUAGUUCAAAACAGAGAAGCCUCGAUUGCAGACUGCAGAAACUAUGAUGGAUGCCUUUCGGGAUUGAGAGGAAGUCAUUCUCACCGGAAGAUAGAAGAAUAUACACGAACACUUCAUCAUCAUUGAAAGCAGCAGCAACAGAGCUGGCAUUAUAAGGAAACUACUUAAAGAAUUCUUGAAAAUAAGCAUAGAUCAAUAUAUGUAAUGAAAUGUAAUGUCUUAUAAUUGUUAUAUUCCUGGUUUGAACUGUGCAUUACAACCAAGAUGUAAGAUUUUGUGGACUUUUCGAAUUACCUACAUGUUUAAGGGAACAUAAAGUCCCCCUUUUCUGUACAGUUUUUGGCACCUUGUUGGUGCAAUCAAUGAAUUUAUAGCAGAAACAAAUAAAAUUGUGAUCAUUAUGAUUCUCAGUA